AUCCCGGAUUCCUUCCGACAAUCCCCGUUAACACUCUCCGAACUCUGAAGUCUCGGGUCUCUUGACUCGUUCCCGCCGGCGGGGAAAACAGUGGAGAUAAAAUUGAAGAAAACAUGGCGUGCUCUUCGCCGCUAUCCUCCACUAUCCGUUUCCGAACGCCCCCAAUCCCAUUCUCAAACCCCAAGUUCUCUCCAAAACCAAAGCGUAAAACCCCGACCGCCUUCGCACUCCCACCGCCCUCCUCCGCCGUCGACGGCACGACCCUCGCGGUCAUCGGCGGGAGCUCGGUGGUUGCCCUCGCCGCCGCGGCGCUAUCCCUGGCGGACCCCGAGAUGCGGCGGCGGAGCCAGGCGGAGGAGGUCGGGGGCGGCGACAAGGAGGUGGUGAGGGAGUACUUCAACAGCACGGGGUUCCAGCGGUGGAAGAAGAUAUACGGGGAGACGGACGACGUGAACAGGGUGCAGAGGGAUAUACGGAUCGGGCACGCGAAGACCGUGGAGAACGCGAUUCUGAUGUUGACGGACGAGGGGCCGCUGGAGGGGGUUAGUGUGUGCGACGCGGGGUGUGGGACCGGGUGCCUGGCCAUUCCGCUGGCGAAGCAGGGGGCGGUGGUGACGGCGACGGAUAUUUCGGCUGCCAUGGUUGCUGAAGCCGAGAAACAGGCAAGGGAAGAACUUUUGACAGGCAACGAUGAGCUCACUCCAGCACCAGUGAUGCCAAAAUUUGAAGUGAAAGAUUUAGAGAGCUUAGCUGGGAAAUUUGACACCGUCGUUUGCUUAGAUGUUUUGAUACAUUACCCGCAAAGCAAGGCAGAUGGCAUGAUUGCCCAUCUUGCCUCUUUGGCUGACAAUCGGCUAAUUCUGAGCUUUGCACCAAAGACACUAUAUUACGACUUGUUGAAGAGAGUGGGAGAGUUGUUCCCAGGGCCCUCAAAGGCAACAAGGGCAUAUUUGCAUGCAGAGGCAGAUGUGGAGAGGGCGUUGCGCAAAGUUGGGUGGAAGAUAAGGAAGAGAGGUCUAAUCACGACACAGUUUUAUUUUUCAAGGCUGAUUGAGGCUGUCCCUGCCUAGCUUGGAAGGCAGGUCAGGCUUUUUUGACGUAACACUAGAACAUAGGAAGUUCUGCAAUUUUUUUUUCUUUUGUGAAUUCCUAAUGUUUCCUCAAUAUAUUCAUUUUCGGCAUGUAUCUGUUGGAGACCGUGUAUAUUAGAGGAUUAUGCAUAUAAGUUUUGAGAUGUUUCGUAUUUC